AUGGCUGUAUUGUCUAUCGACGCCACCAACGCGGUGUAUAAAGCCGUUCUCCCAAGGCCUAGGGGCUCAGGUAGCGAACCCUUUGGACCUGAAACAAUCUCUGGCCGGUCGCUUUGUCGAGAGGGGAGAGAUCCAUCGUGUACCUAUUUCAAGUUCAACGCUCAUCUACUUUACCGCCUCGCCGCGGGAAGUGCGGGUGAUACCUCCUCUUCUCAUGCGCUCCGGAGUAUCAGCCUUAGACUCACGCAGCCUCCUUCCCUCAAACGCGGCAGCAAGGUCUGCCGAUCCACAGACUGGUUAGGUGUCGUGCAGUUCUUCGGGCUCAAUUUUGUCCUGCAUGCGCUCACUCUUGUAGCCCUUCCCGGCGCCAACGUCGUCGAGACCACCAUUGCCGGCUCCCUCCUCACUGUUCUUAUGCCGGCCAGCGGUGUCCAGCGCGCCUGUCAGCCCACUGACCACAAACAUACACGGGGAGCACCGACGGAUAUCCGGAGGGUGAUCGCAAGGCCGGCGUCGCCGGUGCUGUCGGGGUACGGGCUGGUCGGGGUGCCGGCUACCUUCGAAGCUGUGCCAUUCCUACCCGGGGGGGAUAGGAAGCGGGCUUCAAUCCUGAUCAUGAAGAGGAUCUGGAAGGAGCACCGCACCCAGGCCCAGACCUGGGGCAUGUGGCGACUGCCACGGGGUGGCUUCACGCCCCUCGCGCUGUCCUGCAGCUACAGUCUGAUCAGGAGCAGUGCGGCGCUCAUUCAGAUCCUGUACAUGGUCGGCGACGAGCAGAUAAAGAGGAAUGGCUAUGCAGGUUACUAG